UGGCAUUUUGUUUUUUCUGCCAAUCACGAGAAAGUAUUAAAAAGUUGGAAUUUAGGUGCUACUGUGAUAGGAGCGCUACUGUGGUUUUGAUAAGAAAUCCUUUUCCAUUGGUUUAAAUUCAGUCAAAUUAAAGUUUUCGGAAAGUUUUGAAUAAAUGCUGGCGGUUUGAUUUCGUCGGCAAUAUUUGGACAGUGAAUAUUUUGAUAAUGGCUAUAUUUUACUUAUGUAGCUAAAUUAUGAACAUCCAUAACAAUCAUAAUACACAAUGGCUCUAAGCGGGUUUAGAAAGAUAGACAAUGAAGCGGGCUACCCGUGUUAUAUCGAUGAAGCAACUGGAAUUCAGCAAAAUGACCAUCCAGAAUUUUGCAAGAUCAUGGAAUCUCUGGAAGAGUACAACGGGAUUAAAUACAGCGCGUAUCGUAUCGCCUUUAAGGUGUUCGCCCUGCAGAGACAGCUUAGGGUUCCAGCCCUACGCAUUAGUUCCGGAGUGUUCGCUCGCCACCAGCUAAGCCUAUCAGAGACAAGCUUAUCGCUGGACACAGGGGAACUGGAGGCGGUGCUGGCUGACAUAUACUUUGCUGCAGAGAAGGAAGGCCUGUUCACAGGGGACGUUGACUUGGCAGUGGACUUGUUGAUCAAUCUGCUGCUCAAUGUGUAUGAUAAAGACAGAAAAGAGCCAAUCAGAGUGCUAGCCGCUAAAACGUUGCUUAUCAUCCUGAGCGAGGAGUCUGUGUCAGACAAAUGGGCGGCUCUAGCCAACUGCUGCGCGGACCACAACGGUUGCGUUUCACCGAGACGGCUGGCGGCCCUAUUGGCGAAUGUAGCCGCCCUGCCAGAGUUAUUGGGCGAUCCGUGCGAACAGAUACAGAGCGACAUUGACAGUUGCUUUGAUAAGAGCGCCGGCAUGCUGGGCGCGCCGGCGCACAGCGUGGCGGCGUGGGGCGCGUCGUGCGCAUGCGCGCCGGGGAGCUGGCUGGGCGGCGUCGCCAGAGUGCGCGCCAGCAGGAACAGUUCCUGCGUCAGCGCCGUUUGUGCCAAGUGUCAGGAACCGCUCAUACAGGUUCUAAAAUUCAAAUGCUCCAAAUGCUGCGAUACAUACUUCUGCGAAAAGUGUUACCUGUAUGACAAAGACUUGACGACAGUCGGCGGGCACAAGAAUACUCAUUUAGUUCUGGAAAUUAUUGAUGGAGAGAAACCCCAAGAAUGUCUAAGCUUCAUGAAAACAAUGAGACGCUUCUUCUUCUGCACCAAAACUAGAAAGAAGGCCAAGAAGAAAACCGCAAAGAAAGCAACUAGCAUGACGAAAGAGAAGGAGAUAAUUAAGAAAGAGAGGCCGGCUAUGUUCACGUCGACGGUGGGGAAGGCGUCGGGACAUGUGAAUAAUAACCCGGCGAGCAUGCUGCAGGAUAUUAUUGUGCAGUUGGAGACACAGAAUAAAGCUCUAGAAGAACUGUCGAAUCAGUUACAAAAUGCGAAGGAACCAGAAGAGGGGCUGAGAGUGAAGGUGGACGCUCACUGGAGUCAGAUAUCCAAGCAAAUAAACAGGCUGAAAAUACUUAAGGAAAACCUCUCAUCUAACACAACACUACCAACAGCAGACCCCGAACACCCCCAAGCGUUUGAUCUCUUCAGCCCCAUACCGACCCUAGAACAGAGCGACAAGCGCUCCAAGAUGUCCCAGCCUCCGAGAGUACUAAGUCUGGACUCCGGAAACUUCUCCGUGAUGUCCAAACAGGAGCCGCUGGUGACAGUGUCCGGAGAUGACUUGAAACCGGUGAUGGUUCAUAAGUCGGACAGUAUAUCAACGGUUUCGAUGAGGGAUAUCAGCAAUUGGUAUAAUGAAACAGAGCAAGCAAGCAAGCAAAUAACCUUGCCGAACCAGGCAGACUGCACGUCCCAGUCUAUAUCAGCCACCGAACAAAAGUACGCGGCCGACAUCCGCUCAGUAGAGACCAGUAACGACAAGAUGAAGGAACUCAACGCGGACUUGGACACGGUGCUGGACCGGCUGCAGCAGAUACUGACUAAUAACUUCGCUAUGGAUGAAUCUUCGUUCGACAACAACCAGCUACGUGAAACCGCGAACGAGAUGGAAGGGUUGCUUGGAACGCUGAUCCGAGGCGUGGAACAGAGAGCUACCUUCAAUGCCACUAAGGGGUUAGUCUAGCGUUACCCUCUGAGCGCCAUGCGUAUCGUGCGCGGCGCGUUAUCGCAAGUCUUGUCCGAAUGCACGAAGCAAGGGCCUGACACUCUUUGAUAGAGAAAAAUAUGCUGCCCAAAUUUUAUAUGAAUAUUUCCUACCCCCGGUCGCUCGGUGGCGCGUCUAUAACUACUUGUAUAUACUAUGUCUAUAGCACGAAGGUUGAUAUUGGGCUCAAGCCGGGCACGUCAGUUGACGUCUUUGGCGGUCAAAGGGCUAACUAUUUUCUAUGUUGACUAUUUUCGACAUAUUUUCGCUCCUAUUGCUUUGGAUGCAGCUAUCGGGUACAGGGAAACAGUAGAGCUGUUUUAACCGUUUUAUGUACCACUUGCAAGCUGUUAAUAUUUUCUUCUUCUACUCGUCGACUGUAAUGGUUGAAUUAAAAUUCCGUAUACCAAACUAUAAUUGCGUACUUUCCAUGUAUGGACUCCCAACUCAACUAUAAUAUUCAUUUCGAUACGCUGUAGUCAACCAUAAAAGAAUUUGACCAAUCACCUGCCGCCGUGCUCCCGUAGAAAAACCAUAAACGCGCGACUAUUUUUGUCUACAGAGAUACUUACCAAUUUUCAUUAAUUAUUUAGGUUUUAUAGUAAAAAAAGUAUUAUUUUAGAUAACUUGUGAAAAUAAAACAAUAGUAAUAUAAUCAAGCUUUUCAAUCUCGUACCUUACUUAGGCAACUCAGCAAUCUUCGGUACUGGACUGAAAAGCUCUCUUUUAUAUCACGAUUGUAUAAAAUACUAUUGUGCUUUAACCAGCAAUUUUAUUGUUAUUAUUUGAUAUGUCUCAAGGUGCCAUUCAUUUAUUACGUAAGACGAUUUAUGCCAGUUUUUGACUCCGUCCCUCCCCGUCCGUCCGUCUGUUUGUGUAAGAAAAAAUAAGAAAAGGCUGACCCCCUCCUCCCUAUAUUAGUUACAUAUUAUAAGUAUUCCGUAAGAAUCUACAGGAAAAUAUGAAUACACGUUUGGUUUGUUUUAGUGUGUAUUUAAAAAUAAAAUUAAAAAAAACAAAGGUAACUGGAGCCCGUUUAAGCUAACUCUGCACCGUCUUUGAUAGCAUAGUGUGUGGAAGUAUUAUUUUAUGCGUCAUAAUUUCAUAGAAAUCAAAAGAAAAUCUCAUCUUUGUGAUCUUACGUAAGAAAAAAAUAAGAUAAGUUCGACCCCCCUCCCCCCACCUUGUGUGUAUUGUUGUGUAUUUAAAAAAAAGAAUUUAAAUCGUCUUACGUAAUAUAUGAAUGGCGCUCAAGUGUUUUUAAGGUCUCAAAUGUAAUGUGUUUUUUUAUUCAAUAUGCUUUUUGUUUAUAUUUUUGUUUCGGUAAAAUUAUAUUAUGGACUUGACUAAGCAUCUCAUUAGAUUUAUGUUAUGUACUUUUUAGGGUUCCGUACCCAAAGGGUGAAAAUGGGACCCUAUUACUAAGACUCCGCUGUCCGUCUGUCUGUCUGUCACCAGGCUGUAUCUCAUGAACUGUGAUAGCUAGACAGUUGAAAUUUUCACAGAUGAUGUAUUUCUGUUGCCGCUAUAACAAAUACUAAAAACAGAAUAAUAAAAAUAUUUAAAUGGGGCUCCCAUACAACAAACGUGAUUUUUUUUGCUGUUUUUUUUUCCGUAAUGGUACGGAAUCCUUCGUGCGCGAGUCCGACUCGCACUUGGCCAGUUUUUUAAUGUUUUGAUACAUCGAAACGGAACUUAUUACAUAUAUUUUGUGAUAAGAAUCUGAAAUCUCAAUUGAUCUGAGUAUACAUAAAGUCAUCGUCAAUAGGACUUGCAAACAAUGUAAACAAACCAUUUUACUUUAAAUCAUUUUACGGUUUAGACACUUGUCACUCGCGCGACAUGUUUCAAACACACCACUGUGCCCGCCUACAACGAUAGCGCAAGACCUCCCCCAACCGGCUUUCUCAGCGCGCGCGCAGCGAGCGACCCGGCGCGCGGCAGCGGCAGUACGCAAUACACGCUCGUCGUGAACGCUGCUCGCACUAUUAGUGCUUGAGAAAGGAGACCUAGGCUCUCCGAAACAUGUCGCGCGAGUGACUAAAACAAGUGAGUCUAAACCGUAAAAUGAUUUAAAGUUAGUAUGUCUCACAACAGUUUAAAUUCGAAUAAACCAUUUUACCUUCAUUACUUCGUAAUCUCGCCCUUUAAAAGGACAACUAUGACCUUAUCAACAGUCUAUAUAUAAUAUUGUCUUCGGUUACCGCGAUAGUUACUCAUGAAAUAAAACUAUGAAAACGGAUUAUAUCGCGUAUAUUGAAUUUAUAAUACAUCCCGACGUUUCGAACU